GUUCGGUCAUUUCCUCCUCUCUGCUUCGUCGUCUUCUUUUAAAAUACGCUCCGUGAGGUACCGUGGGAGAGAACAAAGCGUUUUUAUCAGCUUUUCUGUCGAAGAAACGACGUAUUCCACCGGCGGGCUCCGCUGUCAUGGCGGAGGACAGUCUUCUGUAGACAGAGGCAAAGUCAAAACUGUGGAGAGGAUCCUAGUCAGACUGCAGCCACCAUGAGGUGACGACUGUGACAUCUUGUACUUUUGCCGACUUGGACACAUGGCACGGAUCACUUUGUCCUGCCUGCCAGCCUCCUGGUACUGCAGCUGGUCCCUGUUGUCUCUGGGCUGUGCCCCCAGGCAGAGGCUGCUCCUGCUGCUGCUGUUCAUCACCUCGACGCUUCUGCUGGGAAUCUACCAGAGGCAGCUGUGGGGCACCCAAAGACGAGCCGGGUCCCGAUUCAACAAAUACCUCUCAGUUGCUGAGUCCAUGGAAGCUACUGACAUUCACAACCCUGCGCUGAACUAUGGGAUCGUGGUGGAUUGUGGCAGCAGCGGCUCCAGGGUCUUUGUGUACUACUGGCCCCCCCACAACGGGAACCCCCACACCCUGCUGGACAUCAGGCAGAUGAGGGACCGCGACCGUAAACCUGUCGUCAAAAAGAUCAAACCUGGUAUCUCCACACUGGCAAGCACACCAACGCAGGCCAGUGACUACCUCCAUCCACUGCUCAGCUUUGCUGCCGCUCACGUCCCAAAGAACAAACACAAAGAGACGCCGCUCUACAUCCUCUGCACCGCUGGCAUGCGGCUGCUGCCCGAGAGCCAUCAGGCAGCCAUCUUGGACGACCUGGUCACUGAUGUUCCCCUGGAGUUUGAUUUCCUGUUUUCCCGUUCACACGCAGAGGUCAUCUCUGGGAAACAGGAAGGAGUGUAUGCAUGGAUUGGCAUUAACUUUGUCUUGGGCCGUUUUGAUCACGCUGAUGUGGAGGACGCCACAGUCGAGGUGACAACAGGGUCUCAAAACCAGCAGCCAAUCAGCCGACGUCGCACAGUCGGCAUCAUGGAUAUGGGUGGAGCUUCACUGCAGAUCGCCUAUGAGGUGCCCAGUGCCAUCACCUUUAACUCGCCUCAAGAAGAGGAGGCAGGGAAGAGUGUUCUCGCAGAGUUUAAUCUUGGCUGUGACGUUGAGCACACGCAACACGUGUACCGAGUCUACGUCACCACGUUCCUCGGCUUUGGAGGAAACAUGGCCAGGCAGCGCUACGAGGACCAGCUAGUGAACAACACGCAUGCCAAGAACAGGUUUCUGACCACGCAGACAGGCAUGAGUGAGGACAAGCCAUACCUGGACCCCUGUCUGCCAGUCGGUCUGUCAGACACAGUCGUCCGAGACAACCACACGCUGUACCUGAGGGGUCAGGGUGACUGGACUCGAUGUCAGGAGGCUGUGCGACCCUUCCUGGGCCUCCACAACGGCACCAUGUCACCAGGGGGCGUCUACCAGGCUCCCAUCAACUUCAGCAACAGUGAGUUCUACGGUUUCUCAGAGUUUUAUUACUGCAUGGAGGACGUGCUGAGGAUAGGAGGACAGUACAACAGUGAGAGAUACUCCCAAGCUGCUACGGACUACUGCUCCACCAAGUGGUCGACACUGAAACAGCGUCUGGACAACCAGCUUUUCUCUCAGCAGGCUGACAUCAGCAGACUAAAAUAUCAGUGCUUCAAGUCAGCCUGGAUGUUUGAAGUGUUGCACUCUGGUUUCCGUUUCCCCUCCGACUACCCGAGCUUGAAAACGGCCCAGUUGGUUUACGACAAAGAGGUUCAGUGGACUCUGGGGGCGAUCCUGUUCAAGACCCGCUUCCUGCCUCUCAGGGACCUGCAGCAGGAAACACUGCGGCAGAACCACCCCAGCUGGCUGCGCUCCUCUUUUGUCUACAACCACCACCUGUUCUCGCUCUGCAUCCUGGUGGUGGUGCUGGCCAUCCUGCUCUACAUCCUGCGCCUGCGGAGGAUCCACCAGCGGGAGCAGCGGCAGGCCGAGGCCCUGAACCUCCUCUGGGCCGAGGAGGGAGAGGCUCUCCUCCCCUGAGAUGUGAGGCUACGGACUGACACCCUGCAAUGUCUUACUGUAUGUACUCCGCAACAUGUUUGACGCACUCUACCUGAACCAGACUGGAGGAUGGAGGACAGAGACGGAAAUUACUCAUCAGAACAGCUUUCGACUUUGGCCAGUGAUGAUGUAAGAACUGACCCAGGAUUUGAUCGCAUGGAACAACAUCACGGCACAGAGUCAGUUUAAUGAGCCUGGAAAUCGAACUCGUCUGUAUAUUCUUUGAUCGUGCAGCUUUAAACACUGAGCCCACCUCAGACUGGAAAGAUGUUCUCUGGGUUCACUUCUUCUCUUCAAAACAACUUUGGAUGAAAAGAACCACCUCGCAUUACAGGAUCAAACCACUCUUUAUUUGCUACCCAUUUCAUUUAAGAUCUAGUUUUUCGGUUCGAGGCAGUCUGGACGGUUAACCUGGAUUUAGCGGCAGCAUUAGCAGGACGGCACCUGUGAUGAGGGAGUCUGGCAGAGGAAAUUUAGCAAUAUGAGCUCACUGAGGGCUUUAGUGUCACCUAAAGGGAGCAGAUAAAAGAAACUCAUUCACUUACGGCCCUUUUAGGACUCAUAUUUUUCUCAUAUUUAAACAAUCAUGCCGGCCAAGACUUUGAUCCAUGACAGGAUACCUCUGAGCAAAUCACUCCGCUUUAGCUGUGCUUUAAGAUUAAGGCUAACAUAGCUUUCUAGCUGCUAGAAUAACCUAUGUUUAUGGCAUACGGCCUCAAAUCCCAUGUGUUCAGCUGUGAGUAUUAAUAUUUCUGGACAACUCCGACCAGAUGAUUGCACGGUUGGGUGUUUUAGUUCUAAUUAUAUUCCGUAAUGGGCUUUGGCUAACAUGAGGAAGAUGUGUUUGUGGACUUCCAGUCUGGAAACUGAACCGUUCAUUGCAGCCGUACGGAUUUUAGUUUGGCUCUGCUCAUGUGAUGCUCUGCGUGAAAUCUAACCCAGGCAUUCCCUGAACUCACAAAUCCCUGCCCCCCCAACGCAGCCGGCGAUAUACAAGAUGUAAAGCACAUAAACACACAUUAAAAACAUUAAGUUCAUGCACAACCAAAUGCAGUGCAGGAGGAGGCAGUGGAGGCCUGACAGUAGGCAGCAGCGAGGACGCAGAGGUCUUUGUUGUGCGCUGACUGAAAGGGCGCCAGAUGUUUAUACGGACCACCCAAUGUGAGAGAUAGAUUGUGUACAUACGUGCCUGGAUGUUGUAUGAAUCACACGACUAUAAAUCCACUUUAGUGCCUGCCUCAUUUACCAAAAAGGGUUCAUUUUAAGUUGGACUCAUCAGAGCUUUCACAUUUCAGUCAUAUUUAUGACACGCCGACACAAACCCCGGUUACGAGCUGUUGACAAGCGGCUCCAGCAUCACAUGAGCACAGCGUUACGUAGCAUAGCAGUGUAACGGGACUGUUUGCAUGUUGUCAUGCUGAUGGUAGCCUUCAGAUCAAAGCAUGGCUAAGUUUACAAGAGCAUGCUGGUAUAUCUCACACUGGUGUAUUUCCCAUUAACGUGGCUGCUGGGACUCUGUGGACCUAUAACGAACUCCAACCAAUGAAUCUGCAGCUUUGAUAAACAUGAUCAUAUAGAUGGAACUUCAUGUCCCCAACGAGGAGAAAACACCCAAACCUGUGGGACUGAACACCUUAUGCUACAACCUGGCUUACCUACCUUUUAAUGAAGUCAAAAUCAUAUGAGCAGCCAUGAGAGCAUUGUGAGUGUGAUGACGCAAGACUUCACAGGCAUGCCGGGAAUAAACACAGUUAAGCCCAUGCAGCACCCUAAAGCUGUUGUGAGGCCGGUGGAGUCGCGGAGGAGUGUGAUAACAUCGUGAGUAAAAAGCCACUGCAAUUAGCACAAUGUCCAGGUGACGCAUUUCUGUGUACUCUCAGCGAGACAAACAUUUAAAAUGACUCAUGUAAAAACCUGCUUUCUUUGGAAGGCUGCAAGGAGCUCGUGCUAAUUGCCCCACCCACUAAACUUGAGUUUCCCCGAAUCUCUACAAUGGAAUGCAAAGUUUGUUUGACCUAUAAAGCCACAAAAGCCACAUUAAUGGGAUUUACGGCACAUUGAAAUAUUCGGGAACGCCCCUUUCGUAGCCGUCUGCAGUGAGAUGAACCUGAAAAGCCGACAAAGCUUUGAUUUAAGACGACAAGACUUGUUCCUUUGGCCUCACGCUGAAGCCAAAACUUGACAUUUUUUUGCCCACUCAUGGCGGCUCUUCUUUGGUGGUCACCUGUCACAGUGGCUGCUGGAGAGAGGAAGCACCAGAGCAGAACUAAAUGGUUUGACGGGCAGCUUUCUGUGUGUUGUCCUGACAUGUUGGUUCGUUAUGUUUAGAUCCGUCUUUCCCUCCAGUGUCUCCUUCCCUUUAACAACUUGACUCUGCAAAGUGACGUCUUUAAAGUGUCUGCAAAUAACGAAAGCAAAGAAGCCGUCGUUGUUUUCACCCGACAUCUCUGUGACCAUUACCUCCAUCUAGCAGUUGGAGCUGUUCGCCCCCCUCCCAGAGCUGAUGUGACAUUGCAGUUCAGUGUGAGGCGAUAUCGCGGCGGGCUGUUAUCAUGAGUGCCGCAGCACUUUUCCGCCAUCAAAGACGGCGUUUCAUACCCACCUCAUGUCCGUCCCAAUGGGAAGAUUUUCCUCGAAAGCAAUCCCGCGCGCUGAUGAUGUCAGCUGCAGAACUCUGGCCUCAGAUUGUGCUUUGAUACUUGAAUGGCACUGUUGUCCUGCCAAGACCCCCGUCCAGCGCAGAUUUUUAUCAGAGCAGAGACAGAGCCAAGAGGGUUUUUAGCUGAAGUAAGCAGAGAGAUCUGCUCAGCGUCUGGAUGAAGGCGCUGAAAGCAGACAAAGACCCUGGAGGCCUGAUUUAAGCAGAUGCCGUCUGAUUUUUCAACACAAUAACUCAGAGAAAGGGAAGAAACUUGUCUUGUGCUUCAGGCGAAGAUGGAUGCGAGGACACAGGAAAGAGUUCUGGACAGAUCUCCACAUGUCUCAUGUGCUUCUCCAGAUAACUUUAAAGCCAUUUUGAGGGGAAAAAAAGCCUUACCCUUAAUAUAUUUUUUUUCUGUUUUCUUCUGUUUCUGUGUCUACUGUAACGUCUCGCUGUAAAAUGAAGCCAGUGUUUUGUUUUGUCUUAUUUAGUCUGUGUGUCAUGUUACGUGCUGACGGGCUGAAUCAGCUGUUCAACGAACCAUGACGAUGCAAAUGUGUGUCUGAGCAGCAUCUGGUGAAACUUCCUGAGAAGUUGUAUCAUGUGUCGAUCCCACAGUGGGAGAUUGUUUUGAAAUGUUCAAACGUGUGAUUUAAUAUGUGACGGGCUCCAGUCGGAGGUGUGAGGCAUGACUCAUCAAACUGGGCGAUGAUGACUUCAUUCUUUUAUAAGAGAAAUUUGUAAACUGUACCGUGGUGCUAAUGUGAAUGCUGUCUGGUCAGAAGAGAGAGAGGAACUCGUCCGAGAGCUUUGUAGAAGCUAAAGCUGUUCUGGACACAGUCGUUCACUUUUCUUCUCGUCCUGACGAUGAGUCGUGACGCGUCCUCGUCAAACUGUCAGCGUGAGUUCCUAACUUUAAAAUCCUUUCCCGCCUGUGAAACCUCAACCAGUAACAGGAGCUUCUGACACAGCAGCCAAAAGUCACAUCGGUUGUUAACAAAACCAAUCAAAAACUGCAAACCUCUUUCUGAUCCACCCUGGAGUGGAUUUUAGGAUUUCUGCUGCUUCCCUCAUGUUUUGACUCCUGACCAAUGGGUGACUGUGUUUUUCCAGAGCUGGGCAUUGUGCAAUGUUGAAGAGUAAUCCACUGAAGGGGACACUUGAUUUUUUAAUGUUUGUAAUUGAGGUACCUUUAACCUAAAUGUGAACAAUCCAAUAAAGGAAUCCUUUUGUAAUAAA